AUGAAAAUCGUCAUUAAAUUCUUUCAAUGUAAUAGCAAUUUAAAUUAUUAGUUCUCUUUAUUUAAUAAAGCACUCAAGUCGAAAAAAAUUGGAAAAAAUACCUUUCCAUAAACUUACCACUAAAAUUUAAUUUGAAGCCUGAAGUAAAUAUAACAAUUAUAUUUUAGCAAACCCAUAUGCAUAUUCAUAAAGUUGAUUAUAAACUUCCAAAAAAAACUCUUUUUUUUUAAGGUCCUAACUCUGAUUGA